CCAUCCACUUUUCUCUCUUUCGCCAUCCCUUGGAGGUUUUCCCCGGCCCCGCCCCCCACGUCGGACUUCUGCCAUUUCUCCAUCGAGAGAGGGGGCCCUUGGGCUCGGAAUACCUUCGGCAUGAGAAUGCACCGGGGAUGAUGCUCAUAAGGGACCACUCUCUUCUAAUCCAGCGGCGAGAAUCGCGCAAUCCCAUAUGAUGGCGAAACGUGGAAAAUUUUAUCCAUGCCUUGAUGCCUAUUCUUCUUUUCUCUCUCUCUCUCUCUCUCUCUCUGCCUCCCUCCCUCUCCCCAUUCUUUUCUGCUUUUGUUGUCCAUCUCUUCUGUCGUCUUCCCGGACCACCGUUUUUUUUGAUCCUCAUGCCAUCGCCAUGGAAUGCACCUCCAGCACGCACAUCGUUCGACUAGUCUAGACUGGCCUUUUCUGCUGCGAAGAUAGCUCGCUGGUCCGAGUCGAGAUCCUAAGUCCACCACAGUCAAAAGACGGUUGUAAGGGACAGCAAAAAAAAAAAAAAAAGGCGUGUGGAUGGGCGGGGCUUGGUGGGAUCGAUCGAUGGGCCACACACCUGGUGCAGCCUGGCGCAAGCGCAGGCGCAGGCGCAUGCACUUGCAUCUCAUGCACGAGUCGCGGCAGCGCAUCUCAGGAUCUGGGCCGCUCGUGCCUGAUGGGAGUGCCCAUCACGUCACUUGGUUAUCUGUCUGUCUGUCCGUCUGUCUUUCUUGUGCUGUGUGUACUUGCCCGCUGUCAGCGCGAGGAGAAUCACAUCCGCCUCUCGUCCUGCGGGCGGGUCGAAAUCCCUUCACCAGUUCAUGCAAUCGCUCGAGCGCCCGUCGGGAAACCCGGCGAGCAAGGAAUUGGACCGAGAGCACCGAAGGUGGACGAGACUUGAGAACUCAUUUCACCUCGCAAACCCCGGGCGGCCGGCGAGAAAUCCCUCUCGAAAUUCGCCGUGAUUGAUCCGGAGCCACUUUCACCGACCGGGGUGCGCCGACCUCUCUCUCUCACGCAUACACACUUUCGGGCCUCGGGAGGCCGCUCUAGUGUUGGGCGAGAUUCCCAUCUCCCUCCAGCCAGUGCGCCGCGUCCCUGCUGCAUGAUCCAGUACGGAUACAGCAUCCGGUGAUCUCUACUCACAAGUCUGGUCUGAACUGAAGCUGCGUGAUUGCAUCGGCAUCAGGAAGAGAAGGGAAGGAGGUUGUAGAAAUGCGACAGGGGACCACAGUGAAAUCCAGGGUCCAUCCACAGCGCCGCAAACCCGCUCAACCACCUGGGUAGGUGCUGUGCUUGUACUCUACUGUACUGUAGAUACCUUGCCUACCUACCUAGGUAAGUAGGUAGGUAGGUACCUUAGGUCGGCAAGCGAGCGACUGUGCAGUACGAGCUGCAGCCGCCCGGCGGCUUUAAUUCAAAACGAAUGUCUCCAUUUGUUCCAUUUCCGCAUGGGCCCGAGGCGGAAGAAAACACCGUUGGAGAAAGAAAAAAAUCUCAUGCCACCAGCCAACUCCAACCCACGAUCCACUCAAUCAAAACCCCUGGGCGGCACCACGACGGCUGGACUGGAGUGGCCCUUAUCUCACACGGCGGAACGCGACAAUUUGCUCCGAAAGUGCAGGGUGGUGUGCAGAUGCCGGAUAGGCGGUGUGGAAAAAGAGAGAGAAAGAGCGGCAGCAGCGUAUCGCGAUAAUCCUCCUCCGCCUGGCGUGGUGUGUCCCCCAUUGAAACCCCUCCGAUCAGCCAACCACGAGCCGUAAUUCCCCCGGAAACACCACCGCCACCACUCUCCCACGGACCAACGAGGAAAAGGCAACGCCGCAAGCCCCAACGGACCACGCUGCUGCAACCUCCGAGGCACGACACCGCAUACCUCCGUCCACCGGCGCCACAUACCUCGGCCCAUCCACCAUCGUCACGCCGUCAAGCUCCUCGCUCAACAGCUCUCCGCCCCUUCGGCCUCGCCGGCCGCCACCCCGACACACACAUACACACAAACCCAACACACACAACACGCGCGCGCGCCCACACGCACGCGCCCACGACCAUGUCGGACCACGCGAGAAGCUGGUUCGCCGUCCCCGCCCCCGUAGCCGCCCUCUUCCGCCGCUUCCCCUUGGCCGUCUACCCCGCCAACGACCUGCCCCUCCGCUCCCCCUCCCGCGCCGGCCUGCCGACCCUCUAUGUCUUCGUCGCCGACGACGAUGCCCCGAGAGGCCGGCCGAGCUUCAACCCAUCAUGUCUAAAGUGGCAGACGUUCCUCAAAAUCGCUGGCGUCGAAUUCCGCAUCCUUCCCUCCACCAACCACGCCUCCCCCUCCGGCGCCCUCCCCUACCUUCAACCCCCUUCCCCCCUCCGCCCCGUCGCCGGCGCCGGCAGGCUCGAAGCCUACGCCCUCGACAACUCCCUCCUUCCCGCCGAGAAGCGGCCGCCACCGCCUGCUCCCUCCGACCGUCUCCGCGCCUACGAGUCCCUCCUCGACACCCGCCUCCGCACCGCCUGGCUCCACGCCCUCUACCUUGCCCCGGAUAACGCUCCGCUGCUGUCGCGCCUGUACCUCCGCCCGGCCUCCAGCAGCCCCCUCGUCCGCCUCGCACUGGCUCACCAGGUCCGCUCCGCCGCCGAGGCGGAGGUCCUUAAGUCCACCCGCAGCGCCCUCGUCGACCCGGUGAGGAUCUACGCCGACGCCCGCGCCGCCCUCGAGGCCCUCGCCGCGCUGCUCGACGAGAACACCGAGGUCGGGGAGGAGGACGGCCCCUGGUUCUUCAGCUCCCCACGGCCGACCCUCUUCGACGCCUCCGUCUUCGCCUACACGCAUCUCCUCCUCGACGGCGACUUCGGCUGGCUGGACAGCACCCUGCCCCAGAUCCUGUCCGGCUUUCCCGGUCUGGUGAGGCACCGCGAGAGGCUACUGGAGCGCUGCUUUCCCGACGACGAGGGGGUCCUCGUGUAAAAAAUACCGACUUGGAAGACAGCACAGACGACUGGGAGCAGAUGAGAGCAGACUUAGAAAGAGACAGAGAAAGAGAAAGAGAGGAAGGGCAAGACGAGGAAAGGGAUUCCUCCGAAUAAUACCAAAAAACAUCGUCUGCGGACGAAGUCGUAGACCAAGUGAUUGAGUGGUGCUGGCACGUCACAUCACACCACACCACACCACAUAGAAUAUUUGCCCAUGCAAGCGGCCUUUCAACAGCUCUUGAAAACGCAACACUAGCGACCCACAGGACGACGAUAGGAAUGAAACGGUGGAGGGUUGUUGUUUUCCAAGUGUUAUUUCCUUCCGGCUAUGACUGUUCCUGCCUCCUUCGCUGUCAUCCAUGGUGGCUACAUUAGCUACGUUAGCUACGGUAUACUGCAAGUAAUUCCAAGGAACCGAUGGGGGCAGGCUCAUCAGAGA